UGCGGCUGCCAUGGUUUCUUUCGCAAUUCGAGGGAUGAAAGCGACACAAGUUUAGUUCAUAUAAAUACAGAAGCUACGUACUAUGCGGAUGUUUGUUCUUGAUUAAUUAAUCAAGAUUUUCCACUCAAAAAUUGAAAAUAGUACCUAUAAAUAUGCAUUAUAUGAUGGGUCUUUCAAUGGCAUAUUGUCUGUUAUUUGAUGUUUUUGGAAAAAAGAAUGGAAGCCAUGCUCUUCUAUGCUUUCACGUGUUUGCACGUCAUUAAACCGGUCACCACUGUUGGUUCGAAAACUUGCAUGGAUUGUGAUGAUACCAUCAAAGUGGCUUACAGAAGGCCGAUGGUUGUAUCCAGAUGCCCGCUCGUGCCCGAAACGGACCAAACGAAGCCCACAAGGGCACCUGUUGUCUUCAUCCGCCAUUAAAAGCUGGGAAGUCGUCAUGUGACCGACCUAAGAGGAGGGAAAAGCAGCCCAGAUGCGUUUACGAAGAAAUAGAAAAGCGGCAAAGACAGACCGGUUUGAAAGAGUUUAUGGCUAGAAGGGGCGUUAACUGGACUCCUGGAGUUAAUGCGGGAAAUAACCGAAAUAGUCGAAGAGAUCAAGACGUUAAGGAAGGCAGCAAGAGAGCCUCUAAAAUAGCCGGACAGAUUAGAAAUCAUGUUAGAAUCUGACAGCUGAUUAGAAUCUCCAUCUUUGAAAUAUACUAUUAUUUCGGUUGAAUUAAUACCUCCCGGAGACUCAAGCAGCACAUGCGCACUCUCGACAGAAAUUGCGGAAAUAGCAUAUCAAGUUACCUUGGAAGUAAAGUUCGAAAUAACUGUUUAAAUUUGAAUAUUACAUAUGACCGGCUAACCUGUACGAAAAAAGGACCUGUUUUACAGCUGUAAAACGUCUGUAAAAGUCCUGUAUUUUGAAAUAACAACUAUUAAAGACCUGUAAGUGGAAAAAUGAUCAGAAAUACAGUUGAAAUUUUCAGGUGUAAAAUAUGAAGGUCUCAAUUUACAGCUGUAAAAAUUUUACUGUUGAAAGUUACAGCUGUAAAAUGGUCAUGUCUCAAAAUUACAGCUGUAAAAUUUUUGGAGGGAAACAUGAGUAUUGUCAGCCAUCUUUAUUGCAUUUUGGCGGGAUAUAACUGAAAUUCACACAGACAUUACAUCUUGUAAAAUUUUGGAAUUUAAAGCGGUAUAGUGUAAGUACAGAUGUUUAAUUAUCUGUUAUAGUUGUAAAAGGACAUGUAUAAGUACAUACAUUAACUAUUUACUCUAUGCUGGAAGCCGAUAAGUUUAAUUAAAAGAAAUAAUUACAAGAUAUUGUCAUAUGUUUUCAUUACUGACAAAGAAAGUUUUAUAAACAAGAUCUGCAUAUGUUCUAUUUAUCCUACUCUUGAAUUUUUCUGUUGCUAUACUGUAAUCAUACCACAUAUACUUACGUACUAGAUCAUUUAUUUUGCCAUUUUCAUAGUAAUUGCUAACUUAUCUAGAGAAAUGCAAUUCAUCCUAAAACUUUUUGCACCUCUACUUUCGUCCCUUAAAAUAAUGCCUUCUUUUUCAACACCUGUAUUUCUACAGCUGUAAUUUUUGGUCAUUUUUACAGCUGUAACUUUUUUUCAUUUUUACAGCAGUAACUUUUUUUCACAGGUGUAGCUCAUUUGCAUAUUUCGAACUGUUUUACAGUUGUUUGACAGCUGUAAAUUGAAAUCUACCGCUGUAAAAUCAAUGUUGUUAUAUAAAAUCUACAGGUGUAAAUUUGGAAUAAGCAUGGCUGUUAUUUUGAACAAAAAUACAGGUCUUUUACAGCUGUAAAAUUUCAUACAGGAAUUACUGUCUAAUUUGAUAGAAAUAGUGUUUAUACAAUGAAUAUUUAGACGCAUCCAUCGCAGUGAUUUACUGGUUGGACUCACAUUUAGCUAUAUGCAUUAUAUGUUUAGUUAUUGAUUUAUUUGUUAUCGGGAUUGGUGCAAUAUCUUUUGAGUUCCAUUGUCAUAUGUGCUGUCAUUAUUAUUUCGUUUCAGUUAAAAUGUUGUUUUCUUUAUGUGUUUUCAAUAAAACGUUCAGUUUGCAAGGUC